GUUUAAAAAAAGAGGGAAAGAGGAAGAGAAGGUUGGGACGGCGAGCGAGUGGAGUGGCGGCAAUGGUGGCGACGGUGGCGAGCUAGAGUGGAAGAAGCGUGAGGGGGCAGAGUGAAUGAGGUGGUGAGCAAGGGUGGCGACGUCCGCGACAGUGGAAGGGCGGCAUGCGGGUGGCGGAUACUGCAGCAACCGGUACGUAACAGCGGGGAGGCGGCAGUGGGUGGAUGGUGUGGAGAGCCCGGGAAGGUGAGGAAAGCACUGCUGGCGAUGAUCGAGCUGGACGUGAGACUGCGCGUUGUUUGACAGCGCUGCCGUGUGGUCGGCGAUUUGGUCCGUGGACGCGGAAGUUCGGGCGUUUGCGCAAGUGUCACGAUGUUCCCGCUGCUCCCGAGCUUAUUUAGAUGCAAAAGACCGGCUUUUCAUUCUACCACUCAACUCACCGACUACGGCACAAUCACGACGAGUGAUAUUAAAAACUUUGGCACCGUCCCCUCAACGCAAACAUGCCGGCGACGGUGCAGACCGCGACGAUUUCCAGUGUUCAGGGAUUAAUAGAGAAGGCUGCGAUGGAUAGAUAGUAUCGGGGUGGCCGCCGUGAAGGCGGGCGUAUCCGACAACCAGUGGCCACAUUCGCACCGCAUGAUAGCUGCCGCGUGUGUUAACGAGUUUCUCUCGUCAACCG